AUGGACAGCUACCUUAGAUACUCCUCAAAACUGUUCGAUGUCUGGACUGAAUCUGUGUCUGAGAAAUCACAAUAUAAUCUUCAAAAGCCAUUGAUAUCUCGGGACUCUAGCACAAGACUCAUCUCUGUCAACUUCAGCCCACAGCUGGUGUCAGUGCUGCGAGAAGUGAAAUAUCUGAAGGCUAUGCAGGCUGAAGUCUAUACCACACCAGAUAUAGCGGCUGACAUUUAUUCAAACAGGGAGCUGCUGUGGCAGUAUGUGGCCAAUCUGGAACUAACAGCCAGCUGGUACAACAAAAUAAUGAGCACUGUGCUUGAGGUAGAGAAUCCACUGAUCCAGGACCAGCUGAGAGAUAUCGAUGCCAAGCUCAAAGAAGCUGAGGAGGGCAUCUGCUGGACAAGUCAAGGUAUUUGGGAAUACAUCCAGGAUGUUCGUGAGAUGGUACAUGACUUGGAGCAGCGUCUACAGAGGACUAAAGACAACGUGGAGGAGAUGCAAACCGUCAUGAAGAGCUGGACUACCUCUAUCUUUGAAAGAAAAGAGGGAAAGAAAGAUGCUCUCUUAAAUUUGGACGAUAAGACUGAACGUUUGGAAAGAACGUAUGGCCAGAUCCGUGCCUCAGGAGCAAAGAUCCACAUGUUACUAAAAGAUAACUUGUCACUUUUCAAAGCAGACUCUUCAUCUGCACAGUGGAAGUCUUAUGUGGAUUACAUCGAUGAAAUGGUGAUUGAGGGAUAUUUUAAUGGGAUUGAGAGCUCCCUCAAGUUCUUCUUGGAAAACACAGACCAGAAGCCUGGAUUAGCCCCGCUCUUUGAAGUCCAGCUAGAUCUGCAGGUUCCUGAGAUUGUUUUUAUUCCAUCUUUGGAGCUUGGUGCUUCAGAUGGCUUCUAUGAGCUGGUGGAGAGUCUCAUCAACAGCGUCUUUAGGAUCUCUGCUCUUGUGCCACGAUUAUCUGAACAACGUGGUGACCAGCAUUACCAGGCUGAAAUGGAGGAAAUGGCUGACUUGGUGGAUAUGAGGCAGCUUCUUAUGGAGCGUGUACAAAGAGUCAUCAUAAAGUGCUGUGAGUACUGCAACACAUUGGAGCGCUACGCCUACCUCUAUGUGGAUGACAGAAAGGAGUUCAUGCAACAGUUCUUGCUGUAUGGUCAUGUUCUCACGAGUGAAGAGAUCGAGGCUCAUGCAGAACAUGGCAUUCCAGAAAACCCCCCGACACUCGAGCAGUUUCGGGAGCAGGUGGACUCGUAUGAGACUUUGUACGAGGAGGUGCUGCGACUAGACCCCAUCCAUGUGUUUGAGGGCUGGAUGAGGGUUGAUGCACAAGCUUUUAAACAUGCCCUGCUCAAUAUCAUCAAGAAAUGGAGCCUGAUGUUCAAACAGCACCUUAUUGAUCAUGUAACACACAGUCUUUCAGACCUGGAGGGCUUUAUCAGAGAGACUGAGAGUGGACUUAGUAAGAAGGUGGAGGAGGGAGACUACAAUGCUUUGGUAGAGAUCACAGGUUACUUGGUGUCUGUAAAAGAACGACAGAGCACUACAGAUGAUAUGUUCGAGCCUCUGCAGCACACCAUUGAUCUGCUGAAAUCUUAUGAGCAAGAACUACCAGAUUCAGUUUACAAACAGCUAGAAAAGCUGCCAGAGAAAUGGAAUAGCAUGAAAAAGCAAGCUGUGUUGGUAAAGCAGCACAUUGCUCCCCUUCAGGCCAAUGAGGUGGCUAACCUACGCAGGAAAUGCGCCAUAUUCGACGUGGAGCAGCAUACCUUCAGGGAGCAGUUCCGCAAGAAUGGGAUUUUUAGAUUUGAUUGUGUAAAUCCGCAUCAGAUGCUGGACACGGAACAUAGGCAAAUUGUGAAGAUGGAGAUGACAAUGGCUGAGCUUAUCGAGUCAGCCGGCCUUUUUGAAAUCAACGUACCAGACUUUAAACAGCUCAAGCAGUGUCGAAAAGAGCUGCCAAUUCUCAAAGAAUUAUGGGAUAUGAUUUUUGUGAUCCAGUCCAGUUUUAAUUCAUGGGAGACCACUCGGUGGCGAGAGAUAAACGUGGAAGAUAUGGACCUGGAGUGCAAACGCUUCUCUAAAGAGCUCCGUGCGUUGGAUAAAGAGGCACGUUCGUGGGACGCCUUCACCGGGCUUGACGGUAGCGUGAAGAACACUCUUACCUCUUUACGAGUGGUUGCUGAGCUUCAAAACCCAGCCAUCCGUCCACGCCACUGGCAACAGCUCAUGAAUGCAACUGGUGUACACUUCACCAUGGACCAAGACACUACGCUGGCUGACCUACUUCGCCUAAACUUGCACCACUUUGAAGAUGAAGUCAGGAGCAUCGUAGACCGGGCGGUGAAGGAGAUGGGUAUGGAGAAGGUGCUAAAUGAGCUGGAUGCCACCUGGACAAAUAUGGCAUUUGGCUAUGAGGCUCAUCCACGUACGAAUGUUCCUCUGUUGAAGUCGGAUGAGGAACUUAUUGAAACGCUGGAGGACAACCAGGUGCAGCUGCAGAACCUCAUGACUUCUAAGUACAUUGCGUUCUUUCUGGAGGAGGUAUCCACAUGGCAGAAAAAGCUCUCAGUUGCUGACUCUGUGAUCUCCAUCUGGUUUGAAGUGCAGAGGACCUGGUCACACCUGGAGAGCAUCUUCAUAGGCUCUGCGGACAUUCGCACUCAGCUUCCAGAGGAUUCCAAACGCUUUGAAGGCAUUGAUGGCGAUUUUAAAGAACUGGCGUACGAUGUUAAAAAAACACCAAAUGUUGUGGAGGCCACCAACAAACCUGGACUCUAUACCAAACUAGAAGACAUCCAGUGCAGACUGGCUCUUUGUGAGAAGGCCCUGGCCGAGUAUCUGGACACAAAGCGUCUUUCAUUUCCACGCUUUUACUUUAUCUCCUCAGCAGAUCUGCUGGACAUCCUUUCCAACGGCACUGACCCUCAUCAGGUACAACACAUAGGCAAAGAUGAGUAG